AAUUUAUAACAACUUGGGAAAGGAGGAGGCCAUUCAAUAGCCUGUUUUAGCUACUGUUAGCUAGCCGGCGGCUAACGAGCGGGCUAAAACACCAGUUUUGGCUGAAUGUCGCCUGUCCUGAAAUAGUAAUGGCAAAAGAAAAGUGUUCACAAAUCGAAGCGGAGCUGUAUUUCCUCAUUGCCAGAUUUCUACAGUCUGGACCAUGUAAAAAGGCAGCACAGAUUCUGAUCGAGGAGCUGGAGGAGUAUGAGUUGGUUCCGCAACGAUGGAGUUGGGACGGAAAGAUAUUCAAACGGAGUUUCCAAGACUGGGUGGUUUUGAAUCAGCACAUUCCUGCAGACUAUCUGCUCCAAGUCUGUCGGCGGAUCAGUCCACUUAUAGAGAAGGAGAUCCCACCCAGUGUUCCUGGAGUCCAAACACUCCUGGGGCUGGGAAGGCAGUCUUUGCUUCGCACCGCCAAAAGUUGUACCAGCAAAGUAUGCUGUGGCUCUGCUGUUGCUGCCCUGCACAGAGGACGGCCCCCGGAACCUCCUGCUGUUAUUGGGAAUGUUCCUAACGUUGUGUCCAUCAUGGGCGCUCGCCAGGCCACGGGUUCGGCCCGUUUCAGCCAGGUCCUGCCGUCUUCAUCCUACCAGCACAUGAAGAUACACAAGCGUAUCCUGGGCCACCUCUCUUCAGUCUACUGCGUGGUGUUUGACCGCACAGGCCGGCGGAUAUUUACGGGUUCAGACGACUGCCUGGUGAAGAUCUGGGCCACAGACGACGGCCGGCUCCUUUCUACGCUCCGCGGCCACUCAGCCGAGAUCUGUGACAUGGCUGUGAACUUUGAAAACAGCCUUAUCGCCUCUGCAAGCUGUGACAAAAUCAUCAGAGUGUGGUGUCUGCGUACCUGUGCCCCCAUAGCCGUGCUGCAGGCCCACGCGGCUUCUAUCACAUCCAUACAGUUUUGUCCUGCAGCCAGAGGGACGAAGCGAUACCUUGCAUCAACAGGCGCAGAUGGGAUGGUGUGUUUCUGGAAGUGGCAUUCCCACAGUAUGAAGUUUGACGAUCAGCCAGUGAAGUUUGUUGAGCGAUCGCGACCAGGUGUCCAGGUCUCCACUUCUUCUUUCAGUAGCGGAGGUAUGUUCAUGGCCACUGGCGGCACAGAUCACAUGAUCAGGGUCUACUACCUCGGAGCAGAGACUCCUAUGAAGGUGUCGGAGCUGGAUGCUCACACGGAUAAAGUUGUGGUCGUCCAGUUUAGCAAUAACAGUGACAGCCUAAGGUUUGUGAGUGGCAGCCGAGACGGCACAGCAAGGAUCUGGCAUUACCAGCAGCAGGAGUGGAAAAACAUCACGUUAGACAUGACGGCAAGGCUUCCCGGGACCGCCGUUGCUAACGGGGAGGAUAAAACCAAGCUGGUGGUGACCAUGGUUGCCUGGGAUCGCAGGGACAGCUCUGUCAUCACAGCUGUUUCAAACUACCUGCUCAAAGUGUGGAGCGCCACCUCUGGCCAGCUGCUGCAUGUUCUGUCGGGACACGAUGAUGAAGUAUACGUGCUGGAGGCCCACCCCUUCGACCCCCGCAUCAUGCUCUCUGCAGGCCAUGAUGGCAACAUUUACAUCUGGGACCUGAGCAAAGGAGUCAAGAUCCGAAACUUCUUCAACAUGAUCGAGGGCCAGGGCCAUGGAGCCAUUUUUGACUGCAAAUUCUCAGCCGAUGGACAACAUUUUUCCUGCACAGACUCACACGGACAUUUACUGAUAUUUGGCUUUGGCUGCAGCAAACCGUAUGAAAAGAUUCCUGACCAGAUGUUCUUCCACACGGACUACCGGCCUCUCAUUCGAGACUCCAACAACUACGUUCUGGAUGAGCAGACGCAGCAGGCCCCCCACCUCAUGCCGCCUCCCUUCCUCGUAGACGUGGACGGAAACCCUCAUCCUCCCCGCUACCAGCGACUGGUCCCAGGAAGGGAAAACCACAAAGAGGAACAGCUGAUUCCUCAGCUGGGAUACAUGGCUAACGGGGACGGAGAGCUGGUGGAGCAGGUGCUUGGACAGCAAACGGCAGAAAACGGCGAAAGCCUUCUGGACAAUCUCAUCAGGCAGUUAGAGAACGAACAGGACGGACAGCAGAAUGUGGAGCAGCAGGCAGAUGGACCCAUGGCUGCUGAAGCAGAGGUGGUGGCCUCCUCUCCUGGGGUCGAACCUCGCAGGAGCGGCCAGGUGGAGGGUGUGUGGCAGAUGCAGCACAACUCGCUGCGCAGUCAGGUGGCCACCGAGAGGGACCUGCUGGCCUGGAGCCGCAGGGUGGUGGUGACAGAGGUUCCGCAUGGUACCUUCAGAGUACUUGAGGAAUGCAGACAAGCCAAAAGUGACUUGGAGUGUUCCCUGUACAACGCAGAGAGGAGGAAGAAACCAGUGGGCUGCAUCCUGAAGAGCAACACUCUAGGUUCCCGUCUGCGCUCCCUGCGGCCCACCAAGAAGAAGAAGCAGCAACACUCCUAUCAGACCCGAUCGGCUCAGGUCCGCCGACCUGGAACCCGUAGUCGGAACCCAGGCAACAGGCGUAACUCUGAGAGCCAGGUGGACUCAGACAGUGGAGAAGAACAGGAGAGGCCGGAACAUUCUGGUGACUCCUCUGAGGAUGAAGCUCAAUGGCAGAGCGAGAGCAGCUCCAGCGACUCGUCCAGCGAGUAUUCAGACUGGACGGCUGAUGCAGGAAUCAACCUCCAGCCACCGAAGAGGUUGACCAGGAGACCCGUACGGCCCGCCGGCUACAGCAGCUCCGAGGAGGAAGAGGGCGGUGACGAGGAUAAGGAGGCGAAGAAGAAAGAAAACAAGAAGAAGAAGAAACCCAAAAACACUAAACAGAAACCCACGUCCUCUCUGGCCGGACUCAAUGCGGAGGAAUGGCUGCCGCCGUCCUGGAUCAUGGAGACCGUUCCACGUCGCUCUCCUUUCGUCCCGCAGAUGGGAGAUGAACUCAUCUACUUCAAGCAGGGCCAUCAGGCGUACGUCCGCGCCGUUCGCAGGGCCAAGGCCUAUAGCAUCAACAUCCAGAAGCAGCCGUGGAACAGGCUCAACCUCAGGGACCAGGAAUCUGUGAAGGUGGUUGGAAUCAAGUACGAAGUGGGACCACCCACCCUCUGCUGCCUGAAGCUGGCCUUCCUGGACCCGGUCUCAGGGAAGAUGACCAACGACUCCUUCUCUUUAAAGUAUCACGACAUGCCCGAUGUCAUUGAUUUUCUGGUGCUGCAGCAGUUCUACAACGAGGCCAAAGAGCGUAACUGGCAGCCAGGGAUGAGGUUCCGCAGCAUCAUAGAUGAUGCCUGGUGGUUCGGGUCCGUGGAGGAUCAGCAGCCGCUGCAGCUAGAGUAUCCAGACAGCCUGUUUCAGUGCUAUGCAGUGAAGUGGGACAACGGUGAGCGGGAGAAGAUGAGUCCCUGGGACAUGGAGCCUAUUCCAGAAGAAGCUGCUUUGCCAGAAGAGGUUGGGGACGGCGUGGAGGUGAUGGAAGAGGAGUUCCAGGCCCUCCUCUACAGGCCUCAGGAGGGAGAAUGGGGGGCUCACACUCGGGACGAGGACUGUGAGCGGGUCAUCAGAGGCAUCGAUCAGCUUCUCAAACUUGAUGUGGCGAAGGCUUUCUCCUCACCUGUAAGCCUCCAGGAAUAUCCCCUUUACUGCACGGCAGUGGCCUACCCCACAGACCUCAGCACCAUCCGCAGACGGCUGGAGAACCGCUUCUACAGGCGGAUCUCUGCGCUGAUGUGGGAGGUGCGUUACAUUGAACACAACGCUCGCACUUUCAAUGAACCCCAAAGCCCAAUCGUAGCAGCUGCCAAGGUGGUGACGGAUGUCCUCCUCCACUACAUUGGAGACCAGAGCUGCACAGACAUCCUGGACCUGUACCACAAAAUGAGGUCCGAGGUUAGCAGCGGGGAGGAGGCUGAGAUUGACUUGGACGUGGACUCGGACACCCCGGGGACGUCUGCGGGACAUCGGCCGAACUCCAAGAAGCGGGGUGUGGAUUUCGAUGUGAACGCGUGGCGAGGUCAUUGCCGAGAACUUCUGCGCCGCAUGUUGGCUUCGCCUGACUCAGGGCCGUUCAGGCGGCCCGUGGAUCUCUUUGAAUACCCGGACUAUCGGGACAUCAUUGACACUCCCAUGGAUCUGGGAACAGUGUCAGAGACUCUCGUGGCUGGAAACUACGAGAACCCCAUGGAGUUUGCCAAAGAUGUCCGCCUGAUCUUCAGCAACUCCAAAGCUUACACACCUAACAAGAAAUCGCAGAUCUAUGCCAUGACGCUCAACCUGUCGGCUUUCUUUGAGAAGCACAUAAUCUCCAUCAUUUCUGACCACAAGUCAGCCCUUCAGAACGAGCGGAGAACUCGUCAGAGACUCAGUUAUAGGAACAGGCUUCACAACGGAGGAAACUCCCUACGCAGCAGUCCGUCCCCCAGCGUCAGAGGAAGGCAGAAAUCGGGGAAGUCGUCCAAUCCUAAAAAAACCUCAUCCUCCACUAAGAGAACAUCUCAGAGAACAUCUCGAACUCAGCACAGCAGCGUUGUAGCAGAGGAAGAGGAAUCCUCGUCUUCCUCUCCAAGCUCAGGGGAAAGCUUGGAAAGAAGCGACCAGGGGCCCCAACGUUUGACCCGCAGCCAAUCCCCUCCUACAAAGAAACCAGGCUAUGUGCGUAAGCUGCAUCUGACUAAUGGCUCCAGAACUCAGCCGCAACCGAGUCAGGAGGCACUGCAAUCCGACGACGAAGAGGAGGAGGAUGGCUCUGGCUCCAACAGCUCAACCUCAGAGUCUGAUUCCUCCUCCUCCUCCUCAUCGUCUUCCUCCUCUUCAUCCGACAGCGGGAGCAGCUCUGACUCGGAGGCGGAGAAGUAUGUGGAGGGGGGAGAUCACGACUACAGCAAAGCUCCCCGCCUGUCUGCCUGCCCCUCGGCGAAAGGGGCAGUGACGGGGAAAAGGAAAGUGAUGGGAGUGCAGAACGCAGCACAGAGAACCAAACGAGCACGACUGCAGCUUCCUGAGGAGGAGGAGCAGGAGGAGGAGGAGGAGGAGGAGGAAGAUGGUGAGGAGGAAGAUGGUGAGGAGGAAGAGGAGAAGCCGCAGCAAAUGGAGAAUGUAAGACACUUUGAGCAGGAGGAUGAUGAAGAGGAGCCCGAGGAGGAGGAAGAGUCUGAGGAAGAGGAGGAGGAGGAAGAUGAAGCGUUGCAUGUGCAGAGAGUAGCAGCUAACAGCUCGAGAGGCGGCAUUUGUAAACUGGGCCGUGUCAGCACACGGAACCAGGGCCGCAGGACGGUGGUGUACAGGGACGAGUCAGAUGAAGACGGCCGCGGGUCCAAAGACGACCCGCUGAACCUGGGCCGGUCCCGCUCAGGCCGGGUACGCCGGAUGACGGAGAAGGCCCGGGUCAGCCACCUGAUGGGCUGGAGUCACUGACGCUGCCCUCCUCUUCCUCCUUUCAGCACCACAAGACUUCAGGGAUUUUUGUUUUUGUACAGGUGUGUAAAUAAUAAAUCUAGAUAUCUAUGGUUCUGCUGGUGCUCCUCCACUGUCGCCACGGAUUUCUGCUCCCUGGACGACAGAGCCUCACCUUCAGCCUUACUGCUCUCCUCCUCAAACACUAGAUGUUCCUCACACUACUUCAGCCACUGUUCACCAAAGAACCAUGUGAAGAUGCCAAAAACAUGGUGCUCCUGUGUUGACCUCCGAUGUUUGAGGAAGAAUCAUUCAGCCGACCCGCCCUUCAUCUGCCGCCGCCGCCAGACGCAUUAGCAGCCCAGGGCUCCUGAAAAGUCUGGGGUCUGAUUCAGGCAUUUUCCAGACCCUAGACAAGGAAGGAAAUAAGAAAAGGUUUUUAUGCUUGAUUACUGAGGAGGCGUCCUCUUUUUGUUUCCUUCCUCCCUCCCUUCUUUCCACCCUCUCCUGUGUCCUACCCCGCUGUUUCCUUCCCUCCUCUCUCUGCUGUUCCCUCCUAUCCUUUGUUGUAUCCUUCCUUCCUUCCCUCCUUCCGUCCUUCCUCUCAAGAUGUCAUGAAUUCUAACCAUUUUAAUUGAUGUUUGAAGGCAGUAUUUAGCAGUGAUCCCAGCUUAUUAUGGGAUGUAUAUUUAAACAUGGACCGUCUGCAGGAACCCUUACAAUGUCGUCGUCUGGCCAACAGCAAUACCUGCAAAUAAUCAGAAGGAAUCUCCUCCUCAUCACUAAACUAUGAACUUUGAGUCUUUUAUUUUUCCUGAGAACAUGUUUCUGUUAUGUGUUUGAAUCAGAUGGGGUGAUGAGUUUUUUCUCUUCUGUUCUGGGUGAGAAGAACCCUCCAUUCUUCCAGGUGAGCUCUGAUGGACCAGAGCAGAGCAGACGGGUUCUUGGACAACUCUUCCUUAUUAAUAUUUAUUUAUUUUUACUCUUGUUUGUUAUGUUGAUAGUGAUAAGUAACAGAUAUUUGCACAUUUAUCUCCUCCAUGUGGCAGCUGAGUGAAAGAGAGAAAUUGACAGGAAACCUCGUAAUAUUUUAUGUUAAACCUUAAACUGUGCCAGCGAACUUCUAUUUUGGAUUAAAAUUGACAUUUAUUUUUGCAACCUGAGGAUGAGGCUAUAUUUGGAUUUUCGUUUAAACUUCUCAUCUUGCAGGAUUCCAUUCGGUGGUGGUUUAGGUUUCUUUUCAGUCUAAACUAACUUCUCUGUUAUUCCUUUUUCUUUUUGCUUCUGUGUUUACAUGAACGCAGUCAUGCUGAGAGCAUUUAGAGCAGAGCUCGGCUCAUCUUUCCAGCACCGGGUGCUAAAGUCUAAACACACUUCCUGGACCCUCAGCGUGUGGUUCUGAGCCAGAGGGUCUUUGUUCUCGUCAGGUUCCUGGAAAUAAAACACAAACUGACAUCAGCGCGUCAGCUGCCUCUGGCUGCAGCAUUAACUCAUGUUUUGAAUUGUGUGAAGAUGGACUCUGAUAUUUGAAUCUGAUUUUAUGACAUGGAGCUCAGCGUUUCCUGGACAUCAGGAUGACAUCAUUCUGCUGUAGGUGGAAAAAUAAAAACGCUCACAUGACUCUUUUAUAUGAAUGUUUUUAUUGUGUUGUUUUUUUUGUUCAGUUUUUUU